UCAGUAGCCAGCCACUUCAGACUGCUUUCAUUUAAGACUCAGAAACCUAACAGGGGAUCGGGAUUUUUUUUGCCGGUGAUUGGAUUAGCUUGAAGAAAAGAGCAUGGUUCUGAAGUCUAAUUACUGACGUUGUUAAGACUGAAAAGCUGUCUUCUGUGGGGAGAAGACAACAUCCUUCUGUACCCCCACGAGGAGAAAACACCAACACCGGAGGGAAAGAAAGGGACGGAGAAACCAACGCGGUCUUCCUUGAUUUCGCAGUUUGAACAUGACUUCAGAAGCCUUGGGAAACAGUCCUGAUGUUUGUUUUUUAAGCUGAGUAAAAGUGAAGGCUGCCGGUUCCGUAGCCCCCGGGAGAAAUGUGUUUCUCUGCAGAAACACCCCUAUAAAUAAUUUCCCGAAGCAGCUAGGUGAGGGGGAGCCCGGAUCUCUAUUAAUGACUCUUUCCAUUCCUUUUUGCUAUGUGAUUCUGCUUCUUCCUUGACAAUCUCUGAAUUCUUGAACUGUCCCCCAGACUUUGUGUUUACAAAGUACCUAGAGGUUCUUGUCAGCCUGGUGGGGGAGAAAAAAAAAAAUCUACCAACUCUGUCCAACUUCUCCUGAGCUGUCAAACGCAAUUAGAGUAAGUUGAUCAGGGAUUGUUUCCAACUUCCUCUCUGCAAUUGGUUUCUAAUCUUUCUCCCCACCCUCUUGUUACCGCUCCCCUCCCCCACACCUUCUCCACUGUCUCCCCACCCUCUGAAGACCUCUAUUCAUGUGGCCCUGAACACUGAAACCAGCUUUGCCUGCAAUAGCCAGCACCAGCCUCUUGCACCUCACCAUCCCAGAGGCAGUAAUCAUUGUGUCCAACAAGAUGGGGGACACAGCGCCCCCGCAGGCCCCCGCAGGAGGGUUAGGGGGGGCUUCUGGGGCGGGGCUCCUUGGAGGGGGCUCAGUCACCCCGAGAGUGCACAGUGCUAUUGUGGAACGCCUGCGGGCUCGCAUUGCUGUCUGCCGACAGCACCACCUGAGUUGUGAAGGACGCUAUGAACGUGGUAGGGCCGAGAGCUCAGACCGAGAAAGGGAAAGCACCAUGCAGCUUCUCAGCCUGGUCCAGCAUGGCCAGGGGGCAAGGAAGGUUAGCAAACACGCUAAGGCUACAACCACGACUGCCACCACUACAGCUCCUCCACCGCCCCCUACUGCCCCUCCUGUGGCCUCCCAGGCGGCAGCCACAGCCCCACCACCUCCACCAGACUAUCACCAUCACCAUCAGCAGCACCGGCUGACCAGUAAUGAUAACAGUGGGAUAAACCGAGAGCAGCCAGCUUCGACCCCGGGGGAUCAGCGGAACUCGGCCCUGCUUGCGCUCCAGGGCUCUUUGAAAAGAAAACAAAUAGUCAACUUGUCUCCUGCCAACAGCAAGAGGCCCAAUGGCUUUGUUGACAGCUCAUUUCUUGACAUCAAAAGGAUCAGAGUUGGGGAGAACCUUUCUACAGGUCAGGGGGCCCUCCCAGUAAAUAAUGGACAAAGUCAUAUGAUGCCAGGGCCCUUGCCCAUGAACCAAGCACUGAGGAAGACUAAUGCUCUACCACCUCCUGCACAUUCUCCUGGCAACAAUUUGUUUAACAUGGGCUUAAAGGAGGUGAAGAAAGAACCUGGGGAGACCCUGUCUUGCAGUAAGCACAUGGAUGACCAAAUGACACCAGAGAGUGCUUUUACUAAUAGGUUUGGAGAUGACCCUGGAGAGCAACUGAUGGACCCUGAGCUGCAGGAACUGUUCAAUGAACUGACCAACAUAUCAGUGCCUCCCAUGAGUGACCUGGAGCUGGAGAACAUGAUCAAUGCUACCAUUAAGCAGGAUGACCCGUUCGGCAUUGACUUGGGUCAGCAGAGCCAGAGGAGCACACCGAGACCCUCCCUGCCCAUGGAGAAAGUCAUUAUCAAAAGCGAAUAUUCACCUGGUUUGACACAAGGCACUUCAGGCUCUCCCCAGUUGAGGCCCCCAUCAGCUGGCCCUGCAUUUUCCUUGGCCAACUCUGCACUCUCCACUUCAUCCCCAAUCCCCACAGUUCCCCAGAGUCAGCCUCAGCUUCAGACAGUAUCAGGAGCCAACAGGGCCCUGCCAAGUUGGCAAGAAGUAUCCCAUGCCCAACAGCUCAAGCAGAUAGCUGCAAACCGCCAGCAACAUGCACGAAUGCAGCAACAGCAGCAGCAGCAGCAACAGCAGCCACCUCCCAGCUGGCCAGGCUUGCAGUCCUCUGCUGGGCCAUCUCCAGGGGCAUUUGUGCAGGAAAAAAUUCCCAGCCCUUCCUUCAGCCAGCAACCUUUCAGCCCACAGGGAUCGCCCAUGACUGGGGUGACUGGCAGCAGCAACCAGUCCAAAGCAGCAGCCAAUUACACGUACAAGACCAGCCCCUCAACCCAGGCUGGACACCUGGAUGUGCUUCUGCAGCAAAAGCCUCAGGAUCUCAGUCGAAGUUUUAUUAAUAACCCACACCCAACCUUGGAGCCCCGACAUGGCAACACCAAGCCGCUGUUCCAUUUUAACUCAGACCAAGCAAACCAGCAGAUGCCUUCUCUUUUGCCUUCCCAGAACAAGCCUUCUCUCCUGCACUACACCCAGCAGCAGCAGCAGCAGCAGCAGCAACAACAACAACAACAACAGCAACAGCAGCAGCAGCAGCAACAGCAGCAGCAGCAGCAGCAGCAAGGUUCACUGGUAGCUCAGCAGCAACAGCAGCAGCAGCAGCAGCAACAACAAAGUUCAAUGACAGUUCAGCAGCAGCAACAACCAUCCCAAUCCACCCAAGCUUUAUCAAGCCAGCCUUUGCUAAGGUCACCCUUGCCACUUCAGCAAAAGAUCAUGCUUCAGAAAAUGCAGAAUCAGUCCAUCGCAGGCCUGGGAUAUCAAGUCACUCAACAGCACAGACAGGAUCAACACACUGUGGUAGGCCAGAGCACAGGCCCCAGUCCAAGUCCCAACUCCUGCUCAAAUCCAAACACUGGAAGUGGUUACAUGAACUCCCAGCAGUCCCUGUUGAAUCAGCAGAUGAUGGGGAAGAAGCAGACCCUGCAGAGGCCAACAACCAUGGAGCAGAAGCAGCAACUUCCCCUCCAGCAGCAGAUGCUGGCUGACACGGAGAAACUUUCCCCUCAGGAUCAAAUGAACCGACAUCUGACAAGGCCACCCCCAGACUACAAAGACCAAAGAAGAAAUGCGGGCACCCUGCAGCCAGCUGCUCAGUAUUCUGGUGUCUCCUCUACAGUGAGUUUAAACUCCAACCAGGCUUUGACAAACCCGGUUUCAACACAUGCUAUUUUAACUCCGAACUCCAGCCUCAUGUCUACAUCUCAUGGGAUGAGAAUGCCAUUGUUAUCCACAGUUCAGAACAUGGGGAUGUAUGGAAACUUGCCUUGUAACCAGCCUGGCACCUACAAUGUCACUUCAACAAUGAAUCAGCUGACCCAACAGAGAAAUACAACUCAACUGAUAACAAAUCAGAACAACCCUCUGAUGCCUCGGCCAUCUCCCUUAGGGACAAAUAACAGUAACAAUGUGGCCACCUUUGGAGCUGGAUCUGCUGGCAGUUCACAGCAAUUAAGACCAAACUUGGCUCACAGUUUGGCAGGCAUGCCAGCCCAGAGGUCAUCAACUGUCAUGAUCACAGCCAACACAACAGCAACAAACUGGGCUUCUCAAGAGGUUAUGGGGAAACAACAGGAAGCCCUCAAAUCCACAGGGGUCCGCUUCCCAACAAAUACACCUGCAGCCUACACCCCAAACCAGUCAUUGCAACCAGGAGUAGGGAGCCAGCCAUUCUCCCAGAGGGCAGUGGCUCCCCCUAGCCAGUUAACGCCAGCAGUGCAAAUGAGACCUAUGAACCAAAUGAAUCAGACAUUAAAUGGGCAAACCCUGGGUCCACUCAGGGGUUUGAACCUCAGACCCAAUCAGCUGACCACCCAGAGUCUGUCUAAUAUGAAUCCAUCCGGAGCGGGAUUGAAUCAGCCGAGGACAGGCACCAACCAGCCUCCAUCCCUGACACCCAACACUUUUCCUUCAUCCAACCAAAGUUCCAGGGCUUUUCAAGGACCUGACCACAGCAGCGAUUUAGCUUUUGACUUUCUCAGCCAACACAGCGACAGCAUGGGCCCUGCCCUAAACAGCGAUGCUGAUUUCAUCGAUUCUUUAUUGAAGACUGAGCCCGGCAAUGACGACUGGAUGAAAGACAUCAACCUUGAUGAGAUCCUGGGAAGCAAUUCCUAAGGUGGAAGGAAGGUGGUCCAUAGGCUCCAAGCAGGGUUUUCCCAAGGAUACUGUAAGAACAAAUUGCUGAUGUCUAGGGGGGGGAGGGACUACAGACAUCAAAACGGAAGGUUGGCAGGAACGUCAGUGGUGAACAUUUGGGUUCACAUGCUUGUUUUAACAUUUGGAUUGUUUUUCCCUGCCUGAACUUCAGGAUGUGUCAUCCAGUUUAUCCAAACAACAACUGUGAGGCUGAUGUGUAAUUAAUUGUGUAAAAUGGUCUUCCCGAGUUCCUUUUCUCAGCGAAGGAAGUGCAAUGGAACUUGAGACCUGUUUCAAUCCCACAUCAUAGACAGGUGCUUGUUCUAAGCAACAGGCCGCAAACUGUCGCCUAGUAGAUAAAUAUGCCUUGACUUCUCUGUUGUUGUUUGUCUUAAAGCUUGCAGGAAAGACUGAAAUGCUACAUGGUUGUUUGGAGUAACCUAUAGGUUGUCCUAAGAAAGAGAGAACCAGAGAACCUAGAAGCUAUCCAGCAGAUUGAUUGAUUUUUUUUCCUAGAUGCACUCCUCAUUUUUGUAAUUUCCCCAUGUGUUUUGUAUUUUGGUGGGAUACUGGGUCUCAUGAUAAAACAGGAAUGCAGGGCUUACAACCUGACUGGAGCUUCCCUCCCAGUUUUUACAGAUAACCAAGACUGGUCCUGAACAUGCUAAAAUAUCAGUGCACAACUGUGUGCAUCAAAUUUCACUUAAAAAAAAUUAAACCUUGCCAUGUAGGAGAAAAACAUGGCUACGAAUUAUCAGCAGUCUUGCUCACUGUGAUUGAUAGCCACUGGUCUGUUCCCAAACAGUCAAAUUGAGCCUUGGUUUGUUUGUUUUUUUGUUUGUUUGUUUGUUUGUUUUUUGUUGUUGUUGUUGUUUUU